UAGUGAAGGAUUAGAAGUACUAUAACGACAGAAUGUUGGAUGAGUUUUCUAGUGUUGUAUGUCGUUUGUUUAUCUACACUUACUGUCUUUAGGUAUAUUCGUCUGUCUUGCCUCUACAAGCAAACGAAUCCAUCUGGGAAGGCUUUGGAUCAUUAUCACAGUGUGUCUUCGAUUGGUGCUGGCUUAUAGAGGCAAACAUUUCUCGAGGUAUUUACCGUUCGUUAGUUCGACUAUGUCAUGCUGGGUGUUUGACCUAUACAGCGAAACGUAAGAAGCCUAGUUCGGAUCCGAGUGUUCUGGAGGGACUUUGCUUUACUCUUUGGGAAACCUAAUCCUUGUAUGAGAUUUAGGGUGGUAAAUGAAGACGUGGAGUGAUCUGACACUACGAGUAAGGAGCCAAAAUGAAUGGAUCGCACAACUUGUCGAGUUUGUUGAAAAUCAUUGACGGCAUAAAUUCAAAGGAUCGUGAGAGGCGAAGCGUGAAGUAAAAAUAUAUUGGACUACCUCGAGAGAAUUGCAUUCCUUAACUCUACUAGGCUAUCUGAUUUGGUAAUUUCUACCUAAUGCCGGGUCCCAUAAAGCUGUGGUUGGUGUCCUGCUCUUGUUGGUUAGCUAUUAUAGGCUGGAUGGUAGGACUUGAGUGCGUGAGAUGCGAAUUAAUAAUAAUACGAAAAGUCAUCGUGAAGGACUCGUACCACAAAGAUCGUUUUAACAUACCAAGAUCUAGAUGCACUGAUAUACACCAGGGAAAUAAAUGUGCUGUUUACGGGGGUUUUGAACGCACCCCAAGCAACCCUUGCAAAUGCCAGUGCUCUCCAUUAAAAGGAACAAUGGUUCUACACAAAAACCGAUGGAAAUGUACUGGGAACGAAGAGAUGAGGCUACGAGAAGGAUGUGGCUUCUAUUUCCCGUACGAAUCAUCGAAAGCCUUCAUCAAGAUGGUCAAGCCAAACCAAUGGCAGUCCAUUCACGCUGCAACAUCUGGUUGUACAUUAGACAGAUUAAAUUCUAGCUAUUUAGCUUGCAAUGGAUCAUGGGCGAGGAGUCCAAGACUGGCGCGAAAUAUUGACGUCAUAUCAAGAGGUUUUGAUCAGGUUGCCAGGGGCUACGCUUAUCAAGUGAGGGUUAGAAAGAAUUCAUUUGUUUCCGGAAAGAUGAUUAAAAUAAGCUUAACUUGUACACCGUUUGGUGGCAAACCUUGUCUCUUACUCAAGAUUAGAGGGAAUCAAAACUGUUUUUUCCGAAAACGACGAGAAUACAGAGAAAAAAUUCGAAAAAAUAAGAAAGGAGAGAAAGGUUUGUCAUCAUUUUCAGUAUCUUCUCAGCCGCCGCCUUCAGUGAAAGGGUCUAACCUACCGAAUAUGAGAGGAAAGCCGAGACGUCCGGUUACCAAUAAGAAAAAAGACGAAUCGCGCGCGGAAUUAUUAAGAAAGGACGAACGCGUAACGACAAUCAUUCUAAUCUUUGCUGCUUCGCUACUGGGAACCAUCAUUAUGGUUCUCUUGAUCAACUUAAUAUUUUGUUCUUCAAAUCAAGAAACGUUCAAGGCAAAGCACAUAUUCCGGGGACUAAAUGACACGCAGAAAUCAGAAAGAACAUUGCCAAGAACAUCAGUCGUAUMAAAUUCUUCAAAACAAUCUUCAAUUUUUGCCGCCAACGAGACGCUCUCACUACAAGAUAGUUGCCCUUGCACCAACACGGUUCCGCGUUCAGCAAACACAAGUAACAAGGAGCUCAUUGAUGACAGCACAGACGAAAUUCAAGGCUUCGCACGAAAUAGUCAAGCAUCGUCACAAUCUAGUCAGCAAAAAAAAAAAACUUGAAGUUUUAACUGCGGGUGAAGGGAAGCCUUCUCUGGAAACUGAUGCCAAUGUACGGACAACAGCAUGAAGGGCUUUGGUUAGAAAGACGGAAAACAGUUUCGAAUAUUUUAAGGGGUAACAGACGCAGGUUAAGGCCUAACAGUAAACUGUCGUGUUCUUAAGUGAACUAUGUAAAUCAGACAGCUCGAAGGAAACAUUUGUUGAUGUACAUAACACCUCCAAACAGACCGUGAAUAUUUACGUUAAUCGGUUAUUUACCUUCCGAUAGCCUUACGAACUAACAUCGAUUUGUUAUACUUUAAUCGAUGCCAAUUCGAGAGAGAAAAUAUAUAAAUAUAGGUGCUUUGCUAUUCUUUCCAAGAGGAACAAGCUAGAACAUACAUGUCCGCCUUGUUGGCUAAAAACAUGUCAUUCAUGACGUCACAUGAAAACCAACAAGGACUGCCAAUUGUGCCCCAGUCCACCUCAAUUUAACCUGAAGGUUUGCAUUUGGUAGUAUUAAAACUAAAAAUUAGACGACAUAACCAAAUAUGGUUAUUACGAAUUAAAUGGUCAAUUACUACCACCAAAUAGGGCCAUUACGAUCUAAAAUAGCCAAUAGGACUAUUACGACCAAAUAUGGUGAUUGAUUAUCGUAAGUAUUUGACUAUCCCGGAUGUACAUCUCAUAAUUUCUCCUAAACCACUGGCCUGUUUUAAGAUGUCGCAGAUAAAGUUUCAAAGCCACACAAGUCUGUUAUAAGAAAACACGAGAAUUAUAUUAUUGGACGAUUGUAAAAGAGAUAUAUUUUAAAUCGCUAAAGAUAUCCUGGUUACCAGUCUCCUGUGAGACAAACAAUAAGAGGAAACCUUGAAACGAGUGCCGAGCUUUGGAAAAGGCGUCAAAACAUUAGAGUUGUAAAUUAUAUACGCAUAAA